CCCGCCUCACUUGUCCCCCAUGUGAAAACCCUUCAACCAAGUCUCCUCUACACAAAAAGAUCUAUGUGAAAAUUGGCUCCAUAGCCGAAUUUCCUCAGUCUCAAUAGGAUUUUCCUCAUCAUAAUCGAUAUUUUUUUCCUUUUUAAUUUCGAAAAAACCAUUUUAUACGAAAGAACAAGGGCAGCGGUAGGGAGAAACUGUGAUGAUCACUGGACGCGUGAUGUGAUUUAGUAUUUUUUAUUUCUUUUUUGUGUGGUUUUGGGGUAAAAGGGCUGCCGCGUGACUCUGCGGUGCUUUCAUAUGCGGUUCGUGUUGUGAGAUUUGCAGCUGCCGGAAGAUGGAAAAGAGGGCAUUUUUUGUCUUGGCCGUUGCUUUUGCGGCGGUCACCAUUUUCUCGAGCUCGAGUACUGUUGUCUCUCAUGCCGGAGAUCCUUUGAAGUCCAUUUUUGAUUGUAUUCCGUUAAACUUUGCGAUUGACUAUUCUUCUCAGUCUGUAGGAUUUACAGGUUCAGCGGCUUUUAUUAUUGCUGUCUUGUGGCUUGUUUCUUUCGGGUUGGCUCUCGUGGUGCUUUAUUGCUGUGGGUGGAAAAUAGACUUAAAUGGGAAAGAGUCGAGCUGGCCACACAGGAUAUGCCUUUGGCUACUUCUUCUGCUUACAAGUGCUGCAGCGCGAUCGGCACUUAUCACUGUUACUGCAGUUAUGCUUGUGAUAUCUAUUCUAGGUUUCGGUAUUUGUGUCAUCAGUGGAUGGUUACUUGUGACGGUCACUUUCAUCCUUUGUGGAGUUUUCGUUAUUCUGAACAAUACAAUUACAGAUACAUGCAUGGCCAUGGGAGAGUGGGUCGAAAACCCACACGCCGAGACUGCCCUAAGCAAUAUUCUCCCGUGUGUUGACCAGAAAACCACUAAUCAGACUCUUUUCAAAAGCAAACAAGUGAUUAACGAUAUCGUGAAUAUGGUCAACGGGUUUGUUGACUCUGUUGCGAAUUCGAAUCCGCCUCCUCAGGCUGGUGGCCCGGUUUAUUACAAUCAGUCGGGCCCGUCGAUACCUCAUCUCUGCUACCUUUACGACUCCAAUCUCCAAGAUAGGAAUUGUUCGGAUCAAGAACUCUCGAUGCAAAAUGCUUCGCUGGUCUGGGAGAACUACACGUGCUUGGCCUCAGCAGAUGGACUUUGCACUACAGUCGGGAGACUAACUCCGAAAAUGUAUGCAGAAUUAGUGGCAGCUGUUAAUGUUAGCUACGCUCUGCAACACUACGCCCCACCAUUACUUAGUCUGCAGAACUGUGAUUUCGUGAGGGACACAUUCGUAAAAAUCACCUCAGGCUACUGCCCUCCAUUGGAGCACCAUCUUCGUACAGUGAAUGUUGGUUUGGCUUUGAUCUCGGUUGGUGUGAUGUUGAGUCUCAUACUUUGGAUAAUUUACGCAAACCGCCCCCAAAGGGAGGAUGUGUUUGCCGGUAUAGCUUUCAGGCUACGAAUAGGUUCUUGUGGUGGAAAGAAUAAUAAUAAUAAUAAUAAU